GGUCCACACCACACCACACCACACCACAAACAGCGUCACCUCUGCUCUGAUCAUGAAUCCAUCAUUCCAUGUUUGGGCACCUGACCCAACACCUAACCCCAUGUCAAAUUGCCUCUCCAAUUGCAUGGCCGUCCCUUGUCAUCCAUCACCUUCUUUACAAUCUCUGUCUCGUGCUGCGCUGCUGUCGUGCAGAAUCAAAACGCCGAUCCUCGGCAAAAACGCAGUGUGAGUCUCUCUCCCUCUCAUAUCCCAUCAAAAUUUCCUUCUGUUUUUCAUACGAAUUAGUACCCUUUUUCUAUUUGUAAUUCUAUCACGCUUCAUUAUUUAUUUCUCUGGUUAUAUAUAUACACACCGUACACGCACAUGGGUUGCACUCUAAGAGAGAAGCACAUCCGAGCGAAUCGGAGGCUGCGAUCAGGGAAACCCGAAUUCGGUCCAUGUGCUCACUUGGACAGAGAAUCAAUCUCCAAAUCGGUAUUUGAUUCGGGUCUCAAAUCCGGGAAAUACCGUCUGGGUCAUCUGGGUCUCAAGGACUCGAUCCAAAACCCUGAUUCUGACGAAGCUGAUUCCGACGAUAACGGGUGGGGUUACUGCACCGAGGAACAGAUAGAAGAAUUUCUGUUGAAAAACUUGGAAUUCUUGUACAAUGAAGCUAUAUCUAAGCUUGUUGCAUUGGGGUAUGAUGAGGAUGUCGCCCUAAAGGCGAUAUUGCGAAACGGGCAUUGGUAUGGAGGCAUGGAUGUGUUGACAAACAUUAUGCAUAACUCAUUGGCUUAUUUGACUGGUAGUGGUGGCGGUGAUCGUGGUAAUGGUGGGGGUGGUGAGAAUGCUAGUGGUAAUGGGGUUUCCGAUGAUUCUGAGCCCUUAUUCACGGAUUUGAGGCAGUUGGAGGAGUACUCGCUCGCAGGUAUGGUGUGUUUGUUACAACAGGUUAGACCAAAUUUAAGCAAGGGUGAUGCAAUGUGGUGCUUGCUUAUGAGUGAACUUCAUGUGGGUCGAGCAAGUAGUAUUGAAAUCCCGGUGCUCCCUUCGAAUAUGGAAAGUAAGGGUCUUAAUAAUGGUCCUGCUGUGUCUAGUAGUGUUGAGAGUGUUGGUGAUCAUGGUGUCGUGGCCCCGGCACUUUGUAGGUUUCAUGGUGGGUGGGGUUUUGGGAAUGGGGGAAGGUCGGAGUUUCCGGUUGUUGGGUUUUCCUCAUGUAGAACAGAAGUGACUUUGCAGAGAGAUUUCGAAUGCCCAAAGAAGUUUACUCUUUCUCCUUCAAUGAAGUCAUUGUUAAAAAGGAAUGUUGCAAUGCUUGCUACUGGUUUCCGAGACAACUCAAAACAGCUGCAGCCGCUGUCCCAAGCUUGCCCAAGUGCUUCAUUCCACAGGGAUGCUCAUGUUGUGUUGGGGGAAGCUGAUCAGAGUGAGGAAUCUUUGGGUUUGAAGAACCAAGAGGUUGUGAGCUCGGUUUUGAGUAAAUUUCGCGAUUUGAAAAUUGAGGAGAGCUGGGAUUCUGUGGCAGAAGAUCAAAAGGAUGAGAUGAUUGUAAGUCUACUUCAUCAGGUUAAGGAUCUCAAGCGACAAGUGAUGGACCGGAAGGAUUGGGCGCAUCAGAAGGCGAUGCAAGCUGCAAAAAAGCUUUGUCAUGAUCUGACUGAGCUUAAGAUGUUGAGAAUGGAAAGGGAGGAGACUCAAAGGUUGAAGAAAGGGAAACAGACUCUCGAGGACACAACCAUGAGGAGACUCACAGAGAUGGAGAAUGCAUUGCGAAAAGCCAGUGGUCAAGUGGACAGGGCAAAUGCGGCUGUGAGACGACUAGAGACUGAGAAUGCUGAAAUUAGAGCAGAGAAGGAGGCUUCUAAAUUAAGUGCAUCAGAGUCUGUCACAACAUGUCUGGAGGUUCAAAAGAGGGAGAGGAAGUUCAUGAAAAAGCUUUUGGCAUGGGAAAAACAAAAAACUAAGUUGCAGGAGGAGAUUGCUGACGAGAAACAGAAGAUUAAGGAAUUGCAACAACUUCUGGCUCGGAUCACACUGGCUCAGAAAGAAGUUGAGCUAAAGUGGAGGCAGGAGCUGAAGGUCAAAGAGCUAGCCUUGGCUCAAGUGGAGGAGGAACGUCACAGCAAGGAAACUGCUGAGGCCGGUAACAAACGAAAACUCGAGGCUUUGCGCCAAAAGAUAGAGAUAGACUUCCAGCGGCACAAGGAUGAUCUUCAAAGACUUGAGCAAGAACUUUCACGUCUUAAAGCAUCUGCUCAGACUACGGAAUCGCAUUACCCAUUAAAUAUGAUAUCCACGGCAUACAAUGAGGGAGCAAAACCAAGAGGAGAAACGAUGGCUAAGCUACUUCAUGACAUCUAUGGUCUGGAAGACUCCUCAGAUAAAGAAGCCAACUGUGAUAGGAAAUGCAUGAUUUGCAUGAAAGAUGAAGUUUCUGUUGUUUUCUUGCCGUGUGCUCACCAAGUUCUAUGUGCUAACUGCAGUGGUAACUAUGAUAAAAAGGGUAAAGCUACUUGUCCCUGCUGCAGGGUUCCAAUUGAACAAAGAGUCCGUGUUUACGGUGCAAGUUCAUAGCUUGUUUAUUUUGAGUGAAUUGAGGGGAGUGAUAAAUAAUACUUGUACCAGCAUCACUAAAGAGGGUUUACCUUUUACUGCUUUACUUAUAUAUUUUUACUUUUCAUUUUUUAAGCUU